ACUCAUUAGUACAAGUUUACAACAGCAUUUUCACCAUUUUAACAAUUAAUUAAUAAAUAAUAAAUAUAUUUCUUCUUCAACUCCGCUCUCUCACUCUCACUCUCACUCUUUCGCUCGGCAUCGCUUUUCUUACUCCACCGCUUCGCCACUACACUUUUCUCACUACUAUCCAUUAAUUUCCAGAGUGCAUGCAAUGGGUUCUUUUGAUUCAGGAACAAUGGGGGAGCACGUGGUUUUAUCUGUCCUUGACCCUCUUAUAGCACCUGGAACUUUGCUACCACAACAUGGUGGUGAUGGUAAUGCUUUAGGUUCACUCAUUGAGGGUGCUACUCAUGUUAAUGAUGUUAAGGAAUGCGAUACACUUGAAGAAGAAAAAGAAGACCUUAUCCAAAUGGUGGAAUGUCGCAUUUGCCAGGAGGAUGAUACCCUUCAAAAUUUGGACAUACCUUGUGCUUGCAGUGGAACCUUGAAGUUUGCUCAUACGAAAUGUAUUCAACUAUGGUGCUACGAGAAGGGUGAUACAAUUUGUGAAAUCUGCAAUAAGCCAUUCAAACCUGGUUAUACUGCAAAUUCACCUGUCUGCCAGCCUGGAGAUACUUCAAUUGGUAUCAGUGAUGACUGGGCAAUCUCUAGUAGUCCUUUAGAUUUGCACAAUGCUCGACUUUUGGCUAUUGCGGCAUUGGAGCACCAAGUUCCGGAGACUGAGCAUGAAGAUUAUGUCAAUGCUGGCACUGGUGGAACUUCAUUGUGGCACUCUGUUGGUCUAAUCUUAAUGGCUCUUUUACUUCUGAGGCAUGCUGCUCCCCUCUUCAAUGCUGAUGUGGAGAAAGCUUUAGCAUAUUUUUAUUACUUAAUGUUUUCCAGUUUUUCUUUCUCCGUGCGGCUGCUGUUAUCCUUCCUUGCUAUCUUAUGGCCUGGAUGAUUCGCAUAAUACAGCAUCAAAGGCAAAGACAAGCCACUUAAGAUGAUAAGAUUUAAGUGAAGGUACCAAUAGGAAUGCCAACAACAUAUGGUGCACAUGGCGUGGUCUCUACUAGAAACCUUGAAAGUUGAUAGUGUUUGUGGACUAAGUUUUAGAGAUGGGAAAUGCUUUUGUCUGGGUUCUCUUCUCAAGAUGUGCUUAUUUUAGUACAUCUUUACUUUCUGGUUUAUAUUUUUCUCUUAUGAACUAACAGGAUCAUAUAUUUAUUUUGGAUCAGCAAUCAGCUGAAGAACUUGCAUUUAUGCUACAAGCAGAGGAACAGCAAGGUUAGCAGUUUGCAAUAUCACCAGGACCUGUUUUUCACCGAUUAAUUUCCAAGAGUAUUGUGGAAUGUCAUCGCUAAUACAAGGACCUUAGAAAUUGUAGUUGGCUGAUCAGUGGUGCAGCAGAAUAAGAUCUGAUGGCUCUGCUUCUGGUUCUCCAUUUGUAUCUUUCUCUGGUUAUAUUUAUAUUCCCACUCUCUCUCCCCCUCUUUCUGUCUCCUGUAAAUAGGUAUAUUGCAUACAUUAUCUCAUCAGCCCAAAUACAGCUUAUGCUGCUGCUAAUUGGGAAAUUGAUGUUAAGUGAAAGUGUUCUUCACCUAUGAAAAUAUUUGUAUACAAAUUUACAUUUAUUUGAUAUCCUUCAUAUAUUUUGAAAAUAAGAAAAUAAAUUAUAUUAAA